AUGUCGGAUACAGAAAAUCAAGAAGACUCUGAUAUUCGAAGAUCAUCGCGUAGAAGAGAAAGUUCCAAACAAACUUCGAGAAAAAGUGCGAUUGAGCGAUUGAAAGAAGCAAGAGAAACUGGAAAAUCGUAUCGACCAAAUCUCGAUGUUGAUGAUGUUUAUGAAGUUGUAGAUGAAAGGGAAUAUAAUGAUAUUGUUUCACAACGUCAAAAUGAUAAUUUUGUGGUGGAUGAUGGUGAGUUAAACGUGAACUAAAUGUCGUGUCUCAGCGUGUAAUGAUAACAUUUAAAAUUAUUUUUAUUUCUCAUUUUUAGAUGGAAUGGGUUAUGUGGACACUGGAGUCGAUUUCGAAGAAGAAUAUGAAGAUGAUUACGAAGAAUAUGGUGGUCCAUCUUCAAAAAAGGGAGAAAAGAAAUCGAAAAAAUCAUCGAAAAAGGAGAAAAAGAAGGGAGCUCUCGACAGUUUCUUCUCUGGAGGAGCGAAGAAAACAGUUUUGGAUGAUUCAAAAGUCAAAGUGAAUCUUGAAGAAGACGAAGACUUGAAAAAUAUGCUUGGAGAUAUUUUGGACGGCGACGAUGAUGAAGAAGAUGAGCAAGAAAAAAGGCGAAAGAGAAAUAUUGCGGCUCCACUUCCAAAAAAUCCAUUCAAAAGAGAAAGAACAUGUUAGUUUGGAAGAUCGAAGAUUUUAAGAUUAAAAAAAAUUGUUCCAGCAUCUCCCCCAUCAGAUGAUUUGGCUCCUCGACCAAUUGCGAAAAAGGCGAAAACCAAUUUUCUAUCAAAAAAUGCGACUCCAAAACCACAACCCAAGGCGAAACCGGUUGAAGAGCCAAUUCCAGAAGAAAAUGAUGACGAUGAUGACUAUGGUAGAUAUAUAAUUUAGAGAUAUACCAAAAACAAAAAUUAUAAUUUUAGGUGUUCCUGAUUACGAUGACAAUGAACCAAUUGCGAUCAAAAAUGAGGUCAACAUCAGUCCAGUGAAGCAAUCUGUUCAGGAAAAGCCGGAAGUCUGUGAAGAUGUGAAAGUUGAAUUAGAAGAUGUUGAGAUGGAAGAGGAUAAAACUGCGGCGAAAUUCCAACUAAGUUGUGAUAUGUGGGAUGCAGAUGAAACGUAUGUUAGGCUAGGCUGAACCGAAGGAGACUAUCUCAAUUUUCACUCUAGAUUUUUUUUUUACAAAAUAGAUGUUUUCUAGUAGUUUUCGACCCGCUGAUCAAUGUUUCUAUGUAUAAAAUUGCAGAACUCAACUCCUAACAUUAGUUAUGACGUGGCAAAGUGGAAAAUUUGGGACUUUAGGAGCUGAAAAAUAGCUUCAAAAAUGAUUUUCAUGCAAAUCUGAUAGCUCAGGAUACUCGAUGGCAUAAAUAAGGAAAAUAUGGAGUCUACUUAUGUUAUAGAGCUUCCUGAAUAAUGCUAUUUAAAUGAAAAUCAUUUUUGAAUCUAGUUUUCAGCUCCUAAAGUCCCGAUUCUUCCAACUUUGCCACGUCAUAACUCAUAAGAAGUUGAGUUCUGCAAUUUUCGACAUCGGAAUAGUGAUCAGCGGUUCGAAAACUAUUAGAAAAACUUAAGUUUUAUCAAAAAUCUUUUCCCUUGUCAGCACCAGAUAUUCUAAUAACCUAGAUUUUCCAGGCAAGACGAUGAUAGUCAAAAGGUUGAAGUUAAAACUGGAUCCGAAUUAUUUUAUGUGAUGGGCGGUGAAAAUGGUGAUACAAAAGCUAUUCGAAUGUAUUGGAUUGACGCAUUUGAAGAUGCUCAUAAAAAUAAUGGUGAGCUGGAAUAUUAUCCACAUCUGAAACUCUUUAUAUUUUUAUAGGAACUGUUUAUUUAUUCGGGCGAGUCAAAGUUAGUGAAUCUCAAUGGUCGAGUUGUUGUUGUGUUGUGAAGAAUAUCUAUAGACAGGUAUUCUUCCUUCCAAAGGAAACGGUAAGAUUCAGAUCGUUUUUUCAAACUCUAAUCCUCAUUUUUUUCAGAACGAUGAUGGAGAAGAUAUUCAACAAGUGGAUGUUUUCAAUGAAAUAUCUCAAAUCCUCAAAACAAAACUAAACGUUGUCAAUUUCAAAUGUCGUGCGAUUGAAAGAAAAUUGAUUAAUGAUAAAAAUCUCGGAGAAUUUGCUGGAGAAAAAACUACUGUUAUGGAGGUCCUCUAUGAAAGCACAUUUCCGAAACUUGACGCAAGUUUGACCGGAAAAACUUUCUCCAAAAUCUUCAACACAACUUCAACACCAUUAGAAAGAUUGCUAAUUGAGAAGAAGUUUAUGGGACCAGGAUGGAUUGAGAUUUUCAAUUUUAGUGAGUUUUAUUUUUUUGUUUGGAAAAUUGAACUUUAAAAAAUUAUUUUCAGCCGAAGCAACUGCAAAAGUUUCCAAUUGUCAAUAUGAAUUUGUGAUUGAUAUGGAGAGAAUGAAGAAUUUGAGAUAUUUGGAGAAUGAAAGUGUCAAGGAGCCGAUUCGUGUGAGAAUGAUGAUUAUUAAUGUAUUAACAACGCUGAAUGAGAAUAAGGAAAAUGAGGUGGGAAAUUGUUUUUCUUUAUUUCUUAAAAAAUCUUAUGAGGUUUCAGAUUUGCAUGAUUUCAAUGUUAUACAAUCCAAAAGCCAAUUUUCUUCAUCCAAGUGCUUAUACUCAAGAUUUGCAAAGGAAAUGUUGUGAGUUGAAAUUUAAAACCAAAAAAAAACUUAAGAAAAUUCUACGAUUCACGUGGGUUUCUAAAGGUUUUUGUUGAGAAAUCUAACCUUUUUAAGCAUUGCUCAUGUUAAAUUUCAAAAUAAAAUGUAAUUCUCAAGGAACCACCCCUAUCUAACCUAAAUGUCUAGGCCUCACAUCUAAAAAGUAGUAGGUAGCCGAGCCUAGAAAGCCUAGUUCUCAAGUCCCCGCCACUUCAAGCCAAAUUAUUUUCAUUUUUUCAGUGGUCACAAAACCUUCUGGAGGUGCUCUACCGUACAAUAUAAAACAAUAUUUACAAAAUGAAAGAAUGGAUCAAUUUGUCACUGUAACUGCCAACGAAAAAGCUCUUCUCACAUUGUUUUUGGCGAAAAUGAAUGAAAUGGAACCCGAUGUUAUUGUUGUAAGUUAUUUCAAAAAAAUCUUGAAAUUCUAUCAUUUUUUUUGCAGGGCCACGAUUUGCAAGCACUAACCGCAAUUUUGGUUUCACGAUUAUCUGUUUUGAAAAUUGCAAAUUGGUCGAGAAUUUCGCGCCUCAAAAGAACUAUCAAUAUCGGAAAAGUUGGGCAUAACAAAGCUGGACAAUGGGAAUUGACGGCUGGAAGAUUGCUUGUUGAUUCAAAAUUGGCAGCAAUGGAAUUGGUUCGAGCAAGAAGUUAUGAUUUAACUGAAUUGUCCAGUCAAUUGCUCAAAGUAACAAGAAAAGAUAUUUAUGCGGAUGAGGUUUCGAAAAUGUUCUCAGCUUCUGAUAAAUUAUUGAAAUUGAUCAAUUGGUCUUGGAAUGAUCCACUUUUAUCGCUCCGAAUUAUUUGUCAAUUGAAUGCUUUGCCACUUUUUGUACAGAUUACAAAUAUUGUUGGAGGAGUUACUGUAAGUUCACUGAAUUUUUAAAAUUCCCGCUUUCGGACCCCAAAUCUAAUUUUUUUCAAAAUAUUUCCAGUCACGAACAAUGAUGGGAGGAAGAGCUGAUCGAAAUGAAUAUUUAUUAUUGCACGCUUUCCACAAAGCUGAUUUAAUAGCUCCGGAUAAAUAUAAUCCAUUUGCCAAAAAAUCAGCAGCUGCUUCGAAUAAAAAUCAAACAAUCAGCGAGGAAAAUGAGACUACAGUAAUCCACGAGACUGGAGAAGAAGCCAAGAAGGGAAAAGCACAGUAUUCUGGAGGACUUGUUUUGGAGCCGAAAAAGGGAUUGUAUGACACUCUCAUUUUAUUAUUGGAUUUCAAUUCACUUUAUCCAAGUAUUAUUCAAGAGUAUAAUAUUUGCUAUACAACUGUUGCUCAUACUAAAGAUAGUGAUGAAGUUCCGGAUGUUCCGAAUUCAAUUGAUCAAGAAGGAGUUUUGCCAAGAGAAAUUCGAAAAUUGGUUGAAUGUCGGAGAAAUGUGAAACAAUUAAUGAAAACGGAGAAUCGAGAAGGAGAAAGAAAACAAUUGGAUAUUCGACAAAUGGCAUUGAAAUUGACUGCAAAUAGUAUGUAUGGAUGUUUAGGUUUUCAAUAUUCGAGAUUUUAUGCAAAACCAUUGGCUGCCUUGGUAACUGCAAAAGGAAGAGAUAUUCUAAUGCACUCGAAAGAUUUGGUUGAAAAAAUAGGAUAUUCUGUUAUUUAUGGAGAUACUGAUUCAAUUAUGAUUAAUACUAAUUCAUAUGAUUUGGCUGAAGCAAAGAAAUUAGGAAUUGAUAUUAAGAAAGCGGUUAAUAAAUGUCAUCGAUUAUUGGAAUUGGAAUUGGAUGGAGUGUUUAAGAGAAUGUUGUUAUUGAAAAAGAAGAAAUAUGCGGCAUUGACGAUUAAUCAGGAUACGAAGGUUGAGACGAAAGAAUUGAAGGGUUUGGAUAUUGUGAGAAGAGAUUGGUCACAAUUGGCAAAACAGGCUGGAACGUGAGUUUGAAUGGGCGGGGGAGUUAAAGUAACUCAAUUAACUAAUUAACAAAAAUUUAGAGCUGUUGUGGAUAAAAUCUUGGAUGCUUCACUUAGUCGAGAGGAACUUGUUUCGACAAUUGUUGAACUUUUGGAAGAAUAUCGAAAGCAACUUGAUGCUGGGAAGAUUCCUAAUGAAGUUUUUCAGAUUAGCAAGGUAAGUUGGCAGAAAAGAUGGAACGCGGAAAAUAUCCGGAAAGACGGAAGGUUUCCGGAAUUUUUUUUUAGAGUUCCCAAUUUUUUGUAGGACCAUUUUGUAGCUCUUGAAAUUAUCCACGAAUCUUUUCUCAAAAAAUUCUGGAAUUUUUGAGAAGCUGAAAUUCAGAUUUGAAAAUGACCCCUUCUCGAAAUUUUUAGGGAAUUUUGAAAAAUUCUAUUUAUGUCCUAAAAUUCCGUACGAAAUCCACAAUUUUUUCUAGAAAUUAGGUAAUUCGAAACACCCGAAAAUCGGGGUUCCAAAAAUUUGCAGCCAAAUUUUCGCAUUUUCAGAAAAUGCUGAAAACACCAUGUUGUAGCUCUUAAUCUCACAUUUAAAAUUUUUCUUAUGAUUUUUUCACAAAAAAUGUUUCCAUGGAAAUAAGAGCAUGACUUUUUCGGCUGAAACUCAAUAUAAAUUUCAUUUUUUUUCCAGCAAUUGACAAGAAAUCCAAAAGACUAUGCUGACAUCAAAUCACAACCCCACGCUUUUGUCGCGAAACGACUCAACGAAUCUGGAAAAUUCAAUUUACGUCAAGGUGAUAUUGUGGAAUAUAUUAUUUGUGAAGAUGGAAGUGGAAAUCCAGCAACACAACGAGCUUAUCAUCGAACUGAAAUGGAAGAGAAUAAAGAUUUGAAAAUUGGUAAGGUUUUUGGAUCUGAACGGAAAAAAGGGCACACCUCGGCCAAUCUCUUGUGGCAAUUUUUAAAAAUAUCUACGUUUGAGCAUUUUAGAGGUCCAAAACUGAAAAUUUACAGUUUUUACACUGAAACGAUAUUGGUUUCAGAAGUAGCAGAAUUUUGAGCUUAAAUAUUUUUUUAAGAGCAUUUAGUUUUCAAACCUCUUUUUUUCCCGAAAUCCUCCCCUCCUCUAUCAAAAAUUACAUAUUUAAACAUUUCCAGAUUUGGUUUAUUAUUUGGCUCAACAAAUUCAUCCGGUUGUCUCAAGAUUGUGUGCUCCGAUUGAAGAAGUUGAUGCUGUUCGAAUUGCUGAAGCACUUGGAAUGGAUUCGACGAAUUAUGGCCGCGCGGCUGCCGCACAAGCACAUCAAAACGCGGAAGAAGAUGAUUAUUUGUGGCAGCAAGAGGUUGGUUUCGCAAUAUUUUUGUUAUCUAAAUAUUUUUGUUUGUUUGUUUGCAGAAUUAUGAUCUUUGCGAGGGAAUUGUUAUUAAAUGUCCAAGUUCGAGUUGUGGACAAAUUAAUAUUAUUCGAAAUACUUUUGAUGUUGAGGUAAGGGUUUUGGGUAGACAAAAUUGUUUCGAAAAUUUAUUUUAUUAUGAAAUCGUGUCAUUUGAAAGUUUCAAUCGAUUUUCAUUUUUAAAACCGAAAAAUUCAGAAUUCAAGAGAUUUUUCUUAUUUUUAGGUUAAUUUUUAUUUUGAAUGGAAAAUCAUAUUUAUGACGUCAUCGGAGGUUUGAACUUGCCACUUAGAUUUGCAAAUUUUCAACAAAAGCCUAGUUUCCUUGAACUCAUUGCCAAAAUUUUGCAAACAAGUUCCAAAUUUUUUGAUAUUAAAAUUUUGCUUUGAAAAUGUACGUUUCAAAUUAUCUUGUAGUUGAAUCAGAAAAUUUCAAUCCCGUUUCUUCAAGGAUUGCGAAACCACGAUUGUCUUCACUAUCUAUUAUCUCCAGAAUUUCUUAAAUUUCUUCAACUUUUUGUCAUCCUCGUCCUAUACAAAUUCCACCCUUAAGUAAAAUGUAAAAUUCCUAAUCGAGAAGAAUUUCAUUCUAGAAUUCUGUUUAGUUAGUUUUUUGAAAUGAAAUGAGAAUUUUAAUUUUAAAAUGCUCCAACACGGUCACGUUUUUGUUUUUGUUUUUUAUUCGUUAAACGAAAACGAAUUUUGUUAUUCAAAUUUUGAAUUACCUUAAUGGAAAGAUAAUGGAAGAUUUUGGGUUAUUGUGAUUCAAAAUUAUGAGGUUACUGUGGAAUAAAAACCUCCAAAACGAAAUUUUGCAGACUGAUCCAAACUCACCGCGACUAAACCUCUCUUCUUGUUCAAAAUGUCAAGUUUCAUGGAUCUUUGAUGAUUUCCUCAAUGUUAUAAUCAAUCAAAUUGAUCGACAAAUGUCCGAAUUUGUUGCUAAACACAUGUCUGCUGGAUAUAAAUGCGAUGAACCAACUUGUGAAUAUAAAUCGAAUCAUCAAACAAUGAAAUGGUGUCGAGAAGGAUUGGAAUGUGUGAAAUGUUCGACGGGAAUUUUGAGAAAAGAAUACACGUCGAAACAAUUGUUCGAUCAACAAAUGUUUUGGAGAAAUAUUUUGGAUGUUGAAAAUGCGUUGGGAAAAUUGACGGCUUCUGAAGCUAGUGAGUUGUUUUCGGAUAUUGUCUUUAGCCGAGCCAAGUAGUCGAGACUACAAGGUUUAGUUAGAAAGUAGCGGAGUCUGAAGAAUCUAGAGGACGCUAGAGGACCUAGUCCUCAAGUAGCCGCGCCUAAACAAUUCAAUUGUCUAGGAUCGACGCUUAAAAAAACUACUUCUGAAGCAGGCGAGCCUACAGAGCCUAAUUUUCUAGUAGUCGAGCCUAGAAAGGUCAAUUGUCAAGUAUCAGCGCCUAGAUAACUUAUUUUUUAUCAUCAAGUCUUAUAAUUUUUCAGAAAGUGCCCGAAUGCGACCAGAAUUUGCUGAAACACGAAACGAAUCAAUUGAAAUGAUGAACCUUAUCAGUGUUAAAUAUUUGGAGAAAAACUCAUAUAAUCGCGUCGACUUGGCUUAUAUUUUUGCGCCAAUGAUUAAAUUGAACUAA